AUGUGUAUACAAUUGUUAAAUAAAGGAUAUGGAUUAGCUAUAGAGAUUGAGAAACAAGAAAGUAUUGAAAAUAAAGCCAAAUUUGCUAAACUUGAGAAUGAAAAGGCAGAUUUGGAAUUGGAAAUCUCCAAGUUAAAAACAGCAUUUGAAAAAUAUGAGAAUGGCGGAAAAGAAAAGACAUCUUUGGAAUUGGAAAUAUCUAAAUUAAACGUUUUUCAUCAUGAGAAACUUGAAAAGGUCGAGAAAGAAAAAGCAGCUUUGGAAUUGGAAAUUUCUAAAUUGAAAGUUGGCUAUGAUGAAAAACUUGAAAAUAUUGAAAAAGAAAAAAUUUCCUUGGAAUUGGAAAUUUCUAAAUUGAAGCAAGAAUAUGAAACUUUAUUAGACAAAUGUCAACCAAUGGUAGAACAAAUUGAAGAAUUAAAAGAAGAGCUUGAAAAAAUUAAACAACAAAAUGAUUUAUUAUCAAAAAAUAACAAAUAUAAAGAAAGAACGAGAAGAGAAGAUGAUAAAAUUAUUAAUAAUGGUAAUCUAUUAUUACCAGCAUCAUCUACUACUAAUCAAUCUUCACCCGACCAAUUUUCAUCUAAUCAAAAUUGUUAUUCACCAACUGAAGAAUUAAACGAUCCUAUCACUGAUAAUAAUAACAUAGUGUCCAUAAGUCCAGUAACAAGUUCAGAUAUUAUGAUUGCUCAUUCACAACGAAUAAAUGCUACAAUUCAAACUGCUACGCUUAUAAAACGUGCAACUUUGACUACCCCUCUUAAUUCUACUACACUUAUUCCUAAUUCAACUAAUAAUAAUAAUGAAUUGAAUAAUUCUUCUCCCUCGCAAUCUUUACAAUCUUUAUCAUCAACACCACCUUCAUCUAAUAUUCCAUCAUAUCAAACCUAUAUGACGUGUCAUAGUUAG